AUGGAUUUCAGUUGCUUUCAACCCAACGCAGGGAUUUGUAAUUACUUGCCAUUUGAUUGCAUGCAGCAGAAUGGAUACUAUGACUUCCAUCCUGCUGAUCAUCCAUUUGAAGCUACUGGGGACUAUAUAUCUGCUGGCUCUAUGGUACCCCCAGCAACGUUCGACGACCUUGGGCACCAGUACUUUGAAGAAAGAGAAAUCAAGAAGCCCAUCUUCAACCAUGCUUCAUCGAUCGGUCACAGAUUUGGAUCUCAGCUGCCUCUGCUGACUCCCAAAACCGAGGUUCCUCAUCCCGUAGAAAGUGGCCUCGGAUCAUAUAAGGCUUAUGAGAUGAGUGACAGGUUUGUGCCAAGAAAGAAGACCUCUAGCAAUUCUUUGAAGAAACCCAAUGUUGUGAAAGGGCAAUGGACACCAGAAGAGGAUAGGAAGCUGGUAAAAUUAGUGGAACAGUUUGGACUGAGGAAGUGGUCUUACAUAGCACAAAUGCUGCCAGGAAGAGUGGGAAAGCAGUGCAGAGAAAGAUGGCACAACCAUUUGAGGCCGAACAUCAAGAAAGACAUUUGGAGUGAGGAGGAAGACAUGGUCCUGAUACAAGCACACAAGGAAGUGGGCAACAAAUGGGCAGAGAUUGCUAAGCGCCUGCCCGGUAGAACAGAGAACUCCAUAAAGAACCACUGGAACGCAACAAAGAGGAGGCAGUUUGCUCGAAGGCGUAGCCGUACUAGCUCCAAGGGCCCCAAGUCAGGCACACUUCUUCAGAACUACAUCAAAGGCCUUGGCAUCGGCCCAAGCAAGAACGUUGCGCCUCUUGCUCAGCCCACACUGCCACCGUCGUCACCUGCAACUCCCGGAUCGAAGUCGGCAAAGAUCGAUGAAAUGCUAGAGCACAGCCCGUCCGACAUACUGGAUUCCCAGGGGAUGCUCGGCGUGCACGAGUACAAUUGCAGCGAGACUGAUCAGUCCUGUGAAGAACUCCUAGCCCCUAUCUGCAGUGAUGACUUUUCAGUGGUUGACAUGUGUGAAGGCCUGUUUGACACAAAGGAGGACGGCAGCUGCUUCCAAGUCUUCACGGUGGACGACGACGUCGACAUGAGCUACAUCUUCAACCAUCUCGAUCACGCGAUCAAGGUCGAUCCUGAAAUUGACAUGGAGAUGAUGUGGGACGACGCCGCCCUCGGAUGCGCUGAGCCUGCCGGUGCCGGAUCAGCUCAGAUGGAGACUGUGCAUGUGAAGGAGGAGAUGGACCUGAUGGAGAUGGUGGCGGCCACGCAGAAGUACGCCGAGGCAGAAAAGAACUAG